AUGGCAGCUGUUGACGUUGAAUCUCCUAUGGCAGACCAGCUGAGUCUCCCAUCACGCGAACGAGUAGAGCCUGGCUCCCACAAUAUCCCAUUCGGCCAAUUCCCCGAAACAAACACAGCCGCUCCAGAGAAUCCCGACCAGAUUGCAACCGAAGUUGUCGAGCAAUUGAACAACGCUCUUGAGAAGAAGGAGGCCAAUGCUGUGUCUCAAACAUUCUUGGAGAACAGCUACUGGCGCGACCACCUCUGUCUGUCCUGGGAUUUCCGAACCAUCAAGGGACGCGAAGCAGUCGCCAAGUUCGCGACGGAAAGCCUGUCAUCCGUCAAGGUUGAAGUCGACCGUUCAUCUGCAUUCAAAGCGCCGCACAACGGUCCCAUCGAUGCUUUUGGUGAAGUCCAUGGAGUUGAAUUCUUCAUCAAGGUUACCACCAACUUUGGAAAUGGACAGGGUGUCGUACGAUUGGCACAGCAAGGGAGCGAGUGGAAGAUUUUCACCAUUUCUACUACUCUACUUGAACUGACAGGCCACGAAGAGGCAACGCAUGCCCGCAGACCAAUUGGAGUGAAACACGGAGAGCAGCAAGGACGUCAGAACUGGCAGGAUAGACGCAAUGCCGACAGUAAUUAUGUGGACAAAGAUCCCGCUGUACUCAUCCUCGGUGCCGGCCAAGGUGGUCUUACCGCCGCGGCUCGACUGAAAAUGCUCAACGUCGACACCUUGAUCGUCGACCAAGAAGACAGAAUUGGAGACAGCUGGCGUCGGCGGUAUCAUCAACUCGUUCUCCACGAUCCCGUGUGGUACGACCACCUACCUUACCUGAACUUCCCAUCAAACUGGCCAAUUUUCACACCCAAAGACAAGCUGGCCGAGUUCUUCGAGUCCUAUGCCAAGCUUCUAGAAUUGAACGUCUGGACCCGGACCGAACUCAAGUCUGCCUCCUAUGACGAGGGCAAGAGGCAGUGGACUGUCAUCCUCGAGCGCAAGUCCGAAGACGGCACCACUGAAACGCGCACUCUGCAUCCCCACCAUGUCAUCCAAGCUACUGGCCACUCAGGUAAAAAGAACAUGCCUACUUUUAAAGGAGCUGAAAACUUCAAGGGCGACCUGAUCUGCCACAGCUCCGAGUUCAAGGGUGUGAAACCUGGCUCCCAAGGCAGGAAGGCGAUUGUCGUCGGCUCUUGUAACUCCGGCCACGAUAUCGCCCAGGACUACGUGGAAAAAGGCUACGAAGUCACUAUGGUGCAGCGAAGCUCUACUUGCGUUGUGACCUCGGACUCUAUUGUCAAUAUUGGACUGAAAGGUCUGUACGAGGAGGCUGGUCCCCCAACCGAGGACUCGGACGCAUACCUGUGGAGUAUCCCUCCCGAACUUUUCAAGGCCCAGCAGCUCAAAGUGUUCGAGUUGAUUGCCAAGAACGAUGCAAAGACCCUUGAUGGGCUGGAGAAAGCUGGAUUCAAGACCGACCGUGGCCCCAUGGAUGCAGGUCUUCUAGUCAAGUACUUCCAGCGUGGGGGUGGGUACUAUAUCGACGUUGGUGGUAGCCAGUUGGUCAUCGACGGGAAGAUCAAGGUGAAGCAGGGGCAGGAGAUCAGCGAAGUGCUCCCCAAUGGACUCCGAUUUGCCGACGGCUCGGAGUUGGAGGCGGAUGAAAUUAUUUUUGCGACGGGAUACCAGAACAUGCGCACGCAAGCGCGCCUUAUCUUUGGCGAUGAGAUUGCCGAUCGGGUUGGUGACGUAUGGGGGCUUGACUCGGAGGGCGAGAUGCGAACUAUCUGGCGUCGCAGUGGCUACCCAGGCUUCUGGUUCAUGGGUGGCAAUCUGGCCCUGUGCAGAUACUAUUCUCGUCUGCUGGCACUACAGAUUAAGGCACUGGAGGAGGGCAUUGCUUCGUACUAG